AUGUCUGAUAUGCUUCCAUUGGCUACGUAUAGCCUGAAUGUUGAACCAUACUCCCCAACCCCAGCUCUGAACUUCAAAAUUCCGGUUACCAUUAGAAUCACAAUGGCGGCCAUCGACCCUGAGCCCUUUGACGAUGACAAAAAGCCAUCUACUUUAAGAAUAAUCAAAAGGAAUCCUGAACUCACUCGCGGUGAGUACUACAACCAAGAUAACAAUGACGGCCUCGAAGAGGAUGAAAGUGAAAGUGAACAAGAAGCAGAUGUACCAAAAAGGAGUGUCAAAUCAAAAAAAGGUAAGGCAGUCGAGCAAAGUGAAUCAGAAGACUCUGAAGAUGAAAACGAAAUCGACGAUGAAUUCGAAGAAUGCGUUCUUUUAACCUUAUCUCCAAAAGGCCAAUAUCAACAAGCUUUGGAUAUUACCAUUGCACCAGAGGAAGACGUUCAAUUCGUCGUUACCGGUUCAUACACUAUCUCUCUAACCGGUAACUACGUCAAACAUCCAUUCGACAAUUCUUCAGAUUCAGACGAAGAUGAAGAAGACUAUUACAGUGACGAAGAAUCUUCCAAUGGAGAAGAAGAAGAAGAAGAAGAAGAAGAGGACGAUGAGGAACUAAGUUCCGGUGAUGACGAUCUUGAUGAUUUAGUAGAUGCUAGUGACAUCGAAAGUCGUCUUGAUGAAUUAGUCAAAAAGGACGAAAAGAAGAAAAACAACAAGAAGGACAGUAAAAGGAAACAUGAGGAAGAUGAGGAAGAAAGUGCUAAACCUGCCGAGAAAAAACAAACGACCAAGAAAGACAAGAAAGCAGAGAAAGUUAAAGACUCGGAAGAGAGCAAACCAAAGCCAAAGACGAAGCUACUGGAAGGCGGUAUUAUCAUUGAAGACCGCGUCACAGGAAAAGGCCCACAUGCCAAAAAGGGUACCAGAGUUGGAAUGAGAUAUGUUGGUAAGUUGAAGAACGGGAAAGUUUUUGACAAGAAUACAAAGGGUAAGCCUUUUGUUUUUAAGUUGGGCCAAGGCGAAGUAAUUAAAGGAUGGGACAUCGGUGUUGCUGGUAUGGCGGUCGGUGGUGAGCGUAGAAUUGUCAUUCCUGCUCCAUAUGCCUACGGUAAACAAGCUUUGCCCGGUAUUCCUGCUAACUCUGAAUUGACAUUUGAUGUUAAAUUGGUCUCCAUGAAAUAG